CAUUCAUUAUCUGGAAAAAGCAAGAUUCGAGAAUCCAACUUAGGGCCACGCCAGAGAGAGAGAGAAAGCGAGAAAAUUUAGGAAUUCGAAUCUGGAUUUCAGAGGAACUUACUUAGGGUUUGUAUUUGUAUAGCGAUAAUCAAGGAAAUGUUGGAUUAGAAAUCGAUUUGCGAGUGGUGCUCAUCAACUUUGUUGUUUAUGGCUGAUACAAGACUUGCUUAUCGCUCCUCCAUGGGUCGCAGAGGUCGUCCUAAAUGGCAGUCUGGCACUUGUAAUGUCUGCUCUGCUCCUUGUUCUUCUUGCAUGCAUCGUAAUGCUCGCUUUACCGGUUCAAAGUUGGACGAGUCAUCAGAUGAAAACUCCCAUGGUGUAGUGGCGAGCGAGUGUUCUUUCAACGCGGAUGAUCUUUUGCCUUCUUCUCACUUUAAUGCUCUCGGCAGUUCACAUAACACUGCAACUGAACCGAGCAAUCUGGUUUAUUCCAACCAUGAUACUUCAUCUGAGAAUGCUGAGAGUAAGAAAAUUAUUAGAUCUUCGGAUAUAUCCCAUGCCCCACUCUUAGAUGGGUCUCGCAAAGAUCAAGAUUCCAUGAAGUUAGAUACAUGUAAUGACCAUAAGGCCAAAAAUAUUCUAGGGCAGGGAAAAGUCAAGGAAAAUUCAGGGGCAAAGAGUAACAAAGACAAGAAAGAUUCUUUUAUUGAAUGUUCUACGCAUUCAAAACCAAUGGUUGGGAAGUCCGCAGAAAAUGUUCCCCCCAAUACGGCAGAUGAGUCAAACACAUCAGCCAUGUCUGAGACUGAGAGUGCUGAUUCGGAAAUGCUGGAACUUGAUGUAAAAGUAUGUGAUACUUGCGGAGAUGCAGGUCGUGAGGAUUUACUUGCUAUCUGCAGCAGAUGCAGUGAUGGUGCAGAACACACCUAUUGCAUGCGAGUAAUGCUUAAAAAAGUUCCUAAGGGUGAUUGGCUUUGUGAAGAAUGCAAGUUUGCUGAGGUAGCAGAAAAGAAGAAGCUAGAAACCAAGGGAAAAAGAGAGAGUGCAGUAAAUAUGAAUACACAGAACUCCAGCAAAAGGCACAUAGACAGAUUUGAGGCAGCUCUAGAUUCUAAAAGAUUGGCUGUUGAGGCUCCAACAGGGUCACCCAAGAGAGCUGUUCUCCCCAGAUUGUCCGCAUUAUCCCGGGAAACAUCAUUUAAGGGCUUAGAGAAACCAACGAGAAAGCUAGCUCAUCACUCAUCUUUCAACAGCCACUCCAGUGAUGACUCAGAAAGCACACGAUCUCCUGACUCGCAGCUACAGUCCCCUAAAGGUUCAAUUUUCAAGUCCAAUUCGUUUAAUUCUUCAAGCUCUAGACCAAAAGUGAGACCAGUGGAUGAUGUUCCCCGACAGAAGACUGGGAAAGACAAUUCUUCCCGUGAUAUAAAAGAAGGAUUUUCUAGGAAUGUAGGCAAAUCAAUGUCAAGUAGAUGUGUAGAUUUAGGGAGCUCUAGUUGUAUUGACUCAAAAGUUAACAGUACAAAGCAACUGAAAGAUCGGAACACAGAAGCUAACCCUUCAGCAUCCACAAUCGAUCAGAAACUAAUUUCACGUGGCAGUUGGUCCAGUUCAUAUGCUAAAAGUCCCCGUGAUUUGAAGGAUUUGCAGUCUGAUGGCCAACAAGGUAGCUUGACAAAGCAAGCCAGACAUCUAAGUCGAAACCGUCUAGAAGAUAUAGUUGCUUCUGUGGGAGAUUCAUCUACGAAUGAGAAGUGCAGUUCAGGCGAAGUGACAUGUAAAAAUGAACUGAAUGUAGAUGGUUUACCCCGCUCUAGGGAAGUCAGAGAGGCGGGAGAGAAAAGCAAAGAUGUUGUUGGUAAUCACCAAAUGCUUAAUAUUAGGGAGGACAUUAAUAAGGGUAAUAGGUUGCGAGCAGCGGUUGAUGCUGCUCUGCGUAAAAAACCCAGCUUUAGCAAAAGCAGAGGGUUGGAGCAAUCAGAUUUGCCUUCAGUGUCUAAUGUAGAUUCUGUUUGUAAUAAGGCUGUAAGAAGUUUGUCCUCAAAGGUGCCGGUCAUAAGAGAUUGGCCUGUGGGAUUCAAAGGAUUGCCAGGAGGGCAUCCGAAUUUACGGACAGACAAGCAGACAAUUGCAGUAGAUGGAACACAGUCACUCGCUGGUGCUGAUGCAAUGCCUGCUUCCCAAUCUGCUGUGCCCGAAGUUCAUGUUCCUUCUAUAAAACCUGUCAUGAGAGAUUUUCCUGUGGCUACCCCAGCUGUUCCGUCGACAACCUCAACCAUCCCAGAGCAUGAGUACAUUUGGCAAGGAGACUUGGAGGUGCAGAAAAGCAGAAAUUUAUCAGUAAUGCAUAGUGGAAUGCAAGCAUAUCUUUCAACCUUAGCAUCACCUAAGGUUGUUGAAGUGGUGAACCAAUUUCCUGUAAAACUCAGCUUGAAUGAAGUACCCAGGCUUAGUACAUGGCCUGCACAAUUUCAAGAUAUAGGUGCUACGGAACACCAUGUGGCUCUUUUCUUCUUUGCCAAGGACAUUGAGAGUUAUGAGAAAAAUUAUAAGCCCUUGGUAGACAACAUGAUCCAGAAAGAUUUAGCCCUAAAGGGUAACCUCGAGGGUGUUGAGCUUAUGAUUUUUGCGUCCAACCAGCUUCCUUGGGAUUGCCAACGCUGGAACAUGUUUUAUUUCCUUUGGGGUGUAUUCCGAGGAAAAAAAAAGAGUUGCUCUAAUCCACUCAAAACCACACCCCUUCCGGUGUCUUGUGUUUUGCCAAAUAUGGGGAAAGCUUUUUCUUCUCGUGAGACUUUUCACCAUGAGAAUCCAAGCGACAGAGAGUCUUUGACUGAUUGCACAUCCAGCAGAAUGCAAUUGUGCAUGGAUGAGGAGAAUGCUAAAGAGGGUAAAGUGUGCAAUGCCAUUGAAAAGCAGAAGGAAUUAUCUGUUCCAUAUAGAGAUUGUGGAGCGGAUGAAGAAACCGAGGAAGGAGAGAUAGGUCUCAGCCCAAACUUGGAGGAUGAGAAGACGCCAGUGGACUUGGAUGAUCUAAAUAAAGGAAGGUUGUGUGAUGGUCCAUCGAAUAAAAAGCUGAAGACAGUUACAGGAGUAGAAACUGGAUGUAGCUUUUUCAGGAGGGAUACAUUUGGCAAUGAAUCAGCUUCAAGGAAGUCUUGUGCUGGUCCCUGUGAGGAGAAGAAAAAGAUCAUCAAAAAGAAUCCUGAUGCAACGGAAAGGAUUGAGUUCCCUUUAGAUUUGAAUGAUGGAAAAGAAGAUGAUGAUGAAGUGAUAGACAAUAAUCCCAGAGCACUUGGCAAUGACAACAACAAACGGAGAGGAGUGGAGAAAACUACACCAAACAUGACCCCGGUGACACGAGUGGUACUGCCUUUCAUGGCUGGAACAACGUCCAUUGAAGAACGUAGAAGUAGCAGUAGUCAAAAGCCACAAGAUAAGAUGGUGAAUCGAGAAGAUGAUGCAGCUUCUCUCUCACUCUCCUUGCCCUUCUCAUCCAUAGAAAAGGAACGAAAGCAACAACAACAGCUACAGCAGCAGCAGCAGGAGAGAUCAGUGUCUAGAUGGGAACACAAGAAGAAGCAGAAUGUGAAUACUCUUCAGAGACUUACCUGACAAAUCCUCAUAAGGAAACUUAUCUUAGAAACUAACCACGAAAAGUGUCUAUUUUGGUCUUUUGAUUUUAUGAAGAAGACCCGACUCACAGCUUUGUACAUAUAUAAGCCAUAAGGUGAUGGGCAAGAAACAGAUGAUGACAAGAUAUUGGCUUUGGUUGACUUGACCAAUCUACUUAACCUAAAGUGUGUUUGACUAUUUCUAAUUUCUCUCGUUGUGGCAUAUAUGGGCAAUC